AUGUACAAGUCCGUCAUCCUGCUGACGCUAAUGUAUGGAGCAGAGACUUGGACGGUGUACUCAAAGCAGGCACACCGUCUGAACCACUUCCACCUCAGUUGUUUUCGCCGCAUCCUGAGGCUGAACUGGCAGGAUCGCAUCCCCGACACUGAUGUGCUGGAACGGACGGGAAUCCUCAGCAUCUACGCCAUCCUGAGACAAAUGCAGCUGCGCUGGAGCGGCCACCUGGUGCGCAUUGACGACGAGCGACUACCCAAACGACUCUUCUAA